UUUGACCCGUCAUUCGGACGCGAGAAGCGUUAUAGUGCGGUCGGUGACAAGGAUUUCAAAGGAUUUAUAACUUUUAUACGUGAUGGACAAUAUAACUGACAACCAUUCCAAUAUGGCGUGGUAUUCUAAAGGAGUUGUGGACUACGUAGACAACUGGUUUCUGAUGAGCUCCCCAUGGCCAGUGACAGCCAUAUGGCUGGCGUACAUCGCGUUCGUACUCAAAUUGGGCCCUUCCUACAUGUCGAAGCGGCCCCCUUACCAACUCAAAAACACAUUACUUUUAUACAAUAUAUCUCAAGUGGUGCUGUCUGCCUACAUUUUUAACUAUGGUGUAGAUAUUUUAAAUAACUGGGGAUUGGUGAGCUCGCAGUGCGCCACCGAAGGAAAGGAUUCGCAGCAUUAUAUUUUACGCGGAGCCUACAUAUAUUUUCUUGCCAAAGUAUCGGAACUCCUUGACACAGUAUUCUUCGUCCUCCGGAAGAAGAUGAACCAAGUGACCUUCCUCCAUGUGUACCAUCACUCUCUGAUGAUGCUGAGUACCUGGUGUGCCAUCAAAUAUAACCCGACUGAUGCUGUGGUGUUCUUGGGGACUAUUAACUCUCUGGUACAUGUGGUCAUGUAUGGGUAUUAUGGGUUGUCGGCGUACCCUAGCCUGGCGAAGUAUUUGUGGUGGAAGAAAUAUAUAACAUCGUUUCAGUUGAUCCAAUUUGGACUUAUCACCAUACAAGUCAGCCUAAGCGCCUUAGUUUCAAAUUGCAAAACGUCAUACGUCCUGCUAUUCACUAUUUUCUUUAACUUGGGGCUGAUGAUAUAUCUUUUCCGUGACUUUUACAUUAAGGCAUAUACUGUAAAAAAAGUAAAUUUAAAAUCAAAUGAGAAAAAAGAAGUCGUUGAAGAUAAAAAAGGUUACAUAACUUCAAUAAUUAAUGAUGGUGUGGCUGAACAAACAAUUAAAGUUAAAGGGAUGUGAGGAGAAUAUAGAGAUUAUGCUAGUUUAAUGUUAUUUAUUGAUAAGAAUUACAUACGAGUAAAUUAAUAAAUUGUGAUACUAAAUCUUU